UCUCCUCAAGGACUCUGUUUAUCUUCAGUCUGCACUGUAACUUUCACACAGACAAGAAAAAUGCACAGUAAAGAUCAAAUCAGUCAUGAAGACUACCAGAGGACAGCUGAUUGGCUGCUGUCCCAGACACAACACAGACCUAAAGUGGCCAUCAUUUGUGGUUCAGGCCUGGGCAUGCUGGCUGAUGCCCUCCAGUGCCAAGACUCCUUUAAAUACUCUGAUAUACCAGGAUUUCCACAGAGCACAGUGCAGGGCCAUGCUGGGAGACUGGUGUUUGGUGAACUCAGAGGGAAAACCUGUGUGUGUAUGCAGGGCCGAUUCCACAUGUAUGAGGGACAUUCGCUAUGUAAGGUCACUUUCCCACUGAGGGUAUUCAAGCUUUUAGGUGUGGAUACCCUGAUUGUAACAAAUGCUGCAGGGUCCUUAGCAGACAGCUACAACUGUGGUGACAUUAUGAUCAUCAGAGAUCACAUUAACUUCCCUGGAUUUGCUGGGCUGAACCCACUGAUUGGCCCCAAUGAUGAAAAGUUUGGACCUCGCUUUCCUCCAAUGUCUGGAGUUUAUGAUAAAGACCUCCGAAAACUGGCGUUUGACAUCUGUAAGAGCAUGGGCGUGUCCCAGUAUGUCCAGGAGGGUGUGUACUGUAUGGUUGGAGGACCCAACUUUGAGACCAUAGCGGAAGCCCGCCUUCUGCACAAACUGGGCGUGGAUGCAGUAGGCAUGAGCACAGCACCUGAGGUUGUGGUGGCCAGUCACUGUGGGAUGCGUGUCUUCGGCCUUUCACUCAUUACUAACAAAGUGGUGAAGAGCUACCAGGACUUUGAAAAGGUCAAUCAUGAAGCCGUGCUGGAAGUGAGCAAGAUGCGCUCAGAGACUCUACAGAAGCUUGUCACUGAGCUGGUUAGCCGCAUGGACAUCAACAACAACACAGCAUGAUGAGCAUCCCAAUCAAAUUUAAAUCAAAAUUAAAUCUGCAACAACUGUAGUAAUGACAGGUUCCAUCAAACCUGCAGCUGCUCCAGUCUACUGUGACUAGAAAAAGCAUUUUUUUUUGUUAUCACACAGAAUAUUAUGCAGAACUGCAUAUUUCAAUAAUAUCUUCCUCAAUUUUGCUUAAUGUAUUUUAAUGCAAUAGCUUUAAACGAAAGUUACAGAUGUGACCAACUGGGGACUCAUUUUAUGCUGACAGUCCUGAACCGUUGAUUUUUUAAAAAAUAUGUUUCAGUUUAAUAUAUAAUGUACUUUUCAUUCCCAUUGUUUUUAUUAAUUUCGGUGCUGUGAACCAUUUUAUAGACUUGUAUUCAAUGUACCUUACAGCUAUAUAUCUAUACAGCUAUAACAGCAGAAGCACUUUUCUAGAGGCAUGUACAGCCUGUUUCUUUUAAUCAAAGCUUUUUUGUAUGAUCUUUGAAAUUAAUAUAAUGUCAGGCAGUUUAGUAUUUAAUGCUAUAUUUUUGAAUGCAGUCUUAUGUUUUCUGUGUUUUUUUGCACAUCGUCUGUUAAGUAAGAGCUGUCUCUACAACUAUUUUAUGAGGCCAGAAGGCAUAUGCUCAAUGUAACAUGGUGGCUCAUUAUAAAAUGGUUUAUUAAUAAAACUUUACAGCAAAAUGGGUAUAAAACUUUAAAA